AUGGAAACCGCCCCGAGCUGGGGGACUGGGGGCUGCGGCACGCCCCGGGCUCCCCGCAAUGGGGCUGGGUGGAGGGGGGCUGCCCGGGGUGCGGUGCGCUGCACGCUGCGGCUGGGCCACCGCCUCCGAGCACCCCCUCUUCAUCCUCCCUCUGUGCAGGCCACCCCCAGCCCCGCUGCAACGGAGCCCACUGCCACCACCGACUUCUACGAGUACUCGGAGGAGGCUGUGCUGCCCGAGCUCUGCGAGAAGCAGGCGGUGCAGGGCUUUGCCCGCACCUACCAGCCGGCCGUCUACCUGCUGCUCUCGCUGCUGGGCACGGUGGGGAACGGGCUGGUGCUGCUCACGCACACCCGCUACCGCCGGGCACACAGCAUCACCGACGUCUGCCUCCUGCACCUCGCCCUGUCCGACCUCCUGCUGCUCCUCACGCUGCCCUUCGCCGUCACCGACACGCUGCAGGGCUGGUCCCCGGGCACGGCUGCCUGCAAGGCGCUGCAGGGCCUCUACGCCCUCAACUUCUACAGCGGCUUCCUCUUCCUCACCUGCAUCAGCGUGGACCGCUACGUGGCCAUCGUGAGGGUGCCGGCCGCCUGCCGCCUGCGCCCACGGGCUCGCCGCAACGGCUGGCUGACAGCGGGGCUGGCGUGGCUGCUGGCCACACUGCUGGCCAUGCCCCAGUUUGUCUAUGGCCAAGCAGAGCAGCACCAGGACCUCCGGCUCUGCCGCGUCGUCUUCCCCCGGGCGGUGUCGCGGGUGGCCCGGGGGGCUACCAACCUGGUCCAGGUCUUGCUGGGCUUCGCGGUGCCCUUCCUGGUGAUGGCGAGCUGCUACGCGGCCGUGGCUCGGACGCUGCUGGCGACGCGGGGUGCCCAGCCCCACCGGGCGUUGCGGGUGCUGCUGGCCCUCGUGUUGGUGUUCGUGGCCCUGCAGCUGCCCCACAGCCUGAUGGUGCUGCUGGACGCGGCCGAGCUGCUGGCCAGCUGGGAGGUGAGCUGUGCCCAGAGCCGCCGCAAGGAUUUGGCACUGCUGGUGACGGGGGGGCUGGCAUACCUGCGCUGCUGCCUCAACCCCCUGCUCUACGCCUUCCUGGGCCAGCGCUUCCGCCGGGAGCUGUGGCAGUUGGCCAGUGACGUGGGCUGCGUGGGACCCCUCGACCCGCGCUGCCCCAGCUGCCCCAGUCCCCGCCGGAGGACAUCGCUCUCCACCUGCCAGGACGUGAUGUAGGGUCACGGUGCCCAUGGCCGGGGCAGGGACUGGCACCCUGGGGGCUCAACCCCUCUGCAGCUCCCUGGGAGAGCCACCUUGGUGCACGGACCUGCCCUGGGCCCUGGCAGAGUGGCCUGGCAGGGGCAGCCCUGGAGAGCCCACGGGGUUCCUGCACACGCGUGGGCAGAGGGGAGAGCAGCCCCACAGCACCCGCGUGUCCUGCAAGAGCUUCUGCUGCCCAGCUGUCCUUCAGGCCAGGGUGGGGGACACGCAAUGUCACGCGUGCUCCA